AUGAGGCACACGCGAGUACUGCAUUGGUUCGUCCAUCACCCGGCAACUGCUGUCCAGCUGACAGUCUGGUUUUCUGGUUGGCUGGCGGCAGCGUACAAUGUGAGAAUGCCUGCCGGACACCAAGUCGGUGUCUCUCUUCCGAGGUCUGAAUUUGCUGUCACCCAGGCAACUCGAUCUGCGACUGUCGAAGCCGGCGAAAUGACCAAAGAAGAAGCAACGCUCUACCUCACCUCGGGCUUCCUCCACGAGGCGAGUUCACGGUUUGUGCGCUGGCGUACCCGACUCUACACAUGGCGCCACCUCGACUGGCUCAUCCUCGUGAUGGCCGCUACCAAUGUGAUCUUCAUCGGCGGAAAGCGUCGCACCUUCGGCAUCUUCAUCACCGCCCUCAACCAGUCCUUCAACGGGACCUCAAUGAACGAGCUCAACUGGAUCGGCGACAGCUACGCUUCGUUGGGCUUCUUCCUGAUGCCCUUCGCCACCACGGCCAUCCUACGCCUCGGCCGCUCCUACCGACUCACUAUGCUACUGGCCGCUAUCGCCAUUUUCAUCAGCUGUUUCACCUCUGCUGUCGUCCCCUCGCCGGGCUACCUCUUCCUCACACACACCCUUUUCCAUGGGAUCGGCUCCACCCUGGUCCUCUGUGCCACCAGCCUAGUCACCGGGGACUACUUCGACAAGACGCAUCGCUUCCAUGUGCUGGCCACCGCUUUCGUGUCGGGCGGUCCCUACGGUGCCCUCUUCCUCGGUCCUUUACUGUCCAAUUUCAUAAUGAUCUACGGCUGGCGAGUGGCCUUUGAACUGUUCGGCGUCCUCUUCUUUGUUGUCUGCAGCCUGGGUGCCAUCACCUUCCUGCCGCGAUACAGCCUGGCCUACGUUCGCGUGGUCAACGCCGAAGAGCUAAAGGUCACGGAAGAGGCUGAAGCAUGUAAACAAUCCCUGCCAUCCGAGGCCGCCACAGUAGAACCCUGCUGCAUCCAUGAGGAUACCAAUCAGGAGAAAGUUGCCCAAAUUCGCGAACUCAUCAACGAGCCAAAGGCCACGGAUGGCAGAGGUUGGGCGUUUUGCACACGGCAACACCUGCUCGACAACCCGCAGAUUUUUUUGUGGGGCCUAGAGCGACUGAUUCACAACGUGGUAAUGUACGGAUUGAUGAUGAAUCUGGUCAAUUAUGCCACCAUGCAGUUGGACAAUCAGUUGAAUCGAGGCUCUCGCAUCAACAUCUAUUUCAGCCUCGGCGAGUCCAUCAUAUUCACCCUCGGCGCCCUCCUUGGCGACCAGAUCCGCGGCCAUCUGGCCAUCUCCUACUUUAUCGGUGCCAUCUUCGCCGCCAUCCUUUUGCUCAUCCUUCAGAGCACUUACGCCGACGUCGAGGUGGUCACUGUUCUCGCCUCUUUUCUCGGCGCCUCGGUCGGCGUCGGCAAUACCUUCCUUUACGCGACAGCUGAGGAGGUUAUGUUGGUGCACGGAUCAAUCGCUUUCCCGAUGACCAAAAUGAUCGCUGGUAUUGGAAUGCUUCUGGCGCCUCUUUUCUCCGGUCUCGUCAUAGACCGCUACAACUUUGGCGGUUUCUUCCUCUGUAUGUCCAUCCUCGUGAGUAUUCGCGUCGUUCUACUGAUCGGAGUCAAUCUUAUACUGUUGCGGAAGAAGCGUCGACUGAGACACGAAGCCGAAGAGCUGGCCAAAAAUCUGGGCGAUGGUGCAGACCACGAAACCGCCAUCGCUCAUUGUUGUCAGAUGUCCCGAGAUCGUCAUGCCGCCAGUCAUGACGCUUGUGGCUAUCACUACGUGCCCAGCUACAGCUCACUAGUGCCACGCGCCAGUUUGGCCAAGAUCGAGGUCGGACUUGACUUGCCCGUUGUCAGGAGGGCAGGCAACCUUAAGGAAUUCGAAGAAGAGGUCGGCCCUCACCCGCAACUGAGCUCGGUCGACCGGCGAUACGAUGUCCCUUGA